UGAAGUCUCGCGUUGUUACGUCUCUGUGAUUAGAAACUGGUAGUGGGGAAACAGGAAGUUCCGCGCAGGCGCACAUCAUUCUUCAGAAUAAAGGAUACGUCAGAAUUGUGCAGUCGAGACGAUAACUUCUGUGUCCGUUUCUAAUAUAUUACUACUGAUUAAGUCUGAGGCCGGUAACAUCAACAGUGAGGACAAACCCAGUCUGCCUCUCUCCUUCCACACUGAGUUCAAACCUACAGUCACUGGGUCCUGAUUGUGACAGUGGAGCCCAGUUUGCACUGCAGGAUCCAGAGAUGGCGUCAGUGAAGCUGGAAGACUGCAGUCAAACACUGGAGCUGAAUGUCAACAUUAAAGAUGAAGAAGAGGAGGAGGAGAUUGGGACAUCUGUUUCUCAUGGUAUGAGGCCGGGAACAUCGACAGUGAGGACAAACCCAGCCUGCCUCUCUCCUUCCACAUUGAGUCCAAACCUACAGUCACUGGGUCCUGAUUGUGACAGUGGAGCCCAGUUUACACUGCAGGAUCCAGAGAUGGCAUCAGUGAAGCUGGAAGACUGCAAUCAAACACUGGAGCUGAAUGUCAACAUUAAAGAUGAAGAAGAGGAGGAGAAGAAUGGGACAUCUGUUAGUCAUGGAGGACUAGAAUUAAGUCUGAGGCCGGUAACAUCAACAGUGACGACAAACUCAGCCUGCCUCUCUCCUUCCACACUGAGUCCAAACCUACAGUCACUGGGUCCUGAUUGUGACAGUGGAGCCCAGUUUGCACUGCAGGAUCCAGAGAUGGCAUCAGUGAAGCUGGAAGACUGCAGUCAAACACAGGAGCUGAAUGUCAACAUUAAAGAUGAAGAAGUGGAGGAGAAGAUUGGGAAAUCUGUUUCUCAUGGACGACUAGAAUUAAGUCUGGGAACAUCCGUGAAGUUGGAAGACUGCAGUCAAACACUGGAGCUGAAUGUUGACAUUAAAGAUGAAGAAGAGGAGGAGAAGAUUGGGGAACCUGUUUCUCGUGGAGACCAUGUUGAGACAUUCUCUAUAUCCAGAGAUCAACAGCAGGAAGAUCACAGAGCUAAGAGGUCUCACCACUGCCCACAUUGUGAGGAGAUCUUCCCAUUACUAUCAAAGCUAAAAAUACACAUAAGGAUACACACAGGAGAGAAUCUGUAUUCCUUCACUGACUCUGGGAAAAGAUGCACAACAUCAGGGGCUCUGACAGUUCCUCAGAGAGCACACACAGGAGAGAAGCAUUUCUCCUGCUCUGACUGCGGGAAGAGUUUCUCUCAAUUGGCUUUCUUAAAAAUACAUGAACGGGUACAUACAGGAGAGAAGCCUUACUCCUGCUCUGACUGUGGGGUGAGUUUCUCUCGACUCGAUGCCUUACAAACACACCAACGUAUACAUACAGGAGAGAAGCCUUACUCCUGCUCUGACUGUGGAAAGAUGUUCUCUCAACUGGGCCACUUGAAAAGACAUAAACAUACACAUACAGGAGUGAAGCCUUAUUCCUGCUCUGACUGUGUAAAAUGCUUCAUAACAUCAACUGAGCUAAAACUUCAUCAGAGAACACACACAGGAGAGAAGCCUUAUUCCUGCUCUGACUGCGGGAAGACUUUCUCUCAAAUGGCUUUCUUAAAAAUACAUGAACGUAUACAUACAGGAGUGAAGCCUUACUCCUGCUUUGACUGUGGAAAUAUUUUCUCUCAACUGGCCCACUUGAAAAGACAUAAACAUACACAUACAGGAGUGAAGCCGUACUCCUGCUCUGGCUGUGUAAAAUGCUUCAUAACAUCAACUGAACUAAAAGUUCAUCAGAGAACACACACAGGAGAGAAGCCUUACUCCUGCUCUGACUGCGGGAAGAGUUUCUCUCGAAUAGGUCUCUUAAAAACACAUGAACGUUUACAUAGAGGAGAGAAGCCUUACCACUGACCUGACUGUAGAAAAUGUUUUAAAAUAACAACUGAGCUGAAAGGUCAAGAGGGAACCUUACUUUUGCUCUUAAUGUGGCAAGAGUAACUCAAGUGAUAGUCACCAAGUAAAAUACUACUUGAGGAAAAGUAUUUGGUUGUAAAUAUACUUAAUUAUCAAAAGUAAAAGUAUGCAUAAUUUCCAAUUCCUUAAAUUACCCCUACGGGAUGGGUGUCCCUAAACUGGGACGGUUGUAGCUAAGGUGUGCUAGUCUGACUAGAUUGACGUUGUAUACAACAGCCAUCUUUCCGGGACAUAGACAUAUCUUAUAUGUGCAGAAAGCUUAAAUUAUUGUUUAUCUAUCUGCAGUGUCCAAUUAACAGUAGCUAAUACAGUGAAAAAAGACCAUGCUAUUGUUUGAAGAGUGCACAACAACAAACUUAUCGCGCAAAUGAUUUGAUACAUUCACCUCUGAAGGUAAAUAAGGUAUUUUCAUUCAGUCAUAUUGCUCUGAUUUGUCAUCCUGAGGGUCCCACAGAUAAAAUGUAGCGUAGUUUCGUCUAAUAAAAUCCAUUUUUAUGUUCAAAUGUAGGAACUGGUUCUACUGGUUUUGGACACCAAUUUGGCGUUUUUUUAAAAAAUAUAUUUAUUUAACUAGGCAAGUCAGUUAAGAACCCAUUCUUAUUUUCAAUGACGGCCUAGGAAUGGUGGGUUAACUGCCUCAUUCAGGGGCAGAAUGACAGAUUUUCACCUUGUCAGCAAGGGAGAUUCAAUCUUGCAACCUUACAGUUAACUAGUCCAAUGCUCUAACCACCUGCCUCUCAUUGCACUCCACGAGGAGGCUGCCUGUUAUGCAAAGGAAGUAAGCCAAGGUAAGUUGCUAGCUAGCAUUACACUUCUCUUAUAAAAAACAAUCAUAAUCAAUCAACUACACAUGGUUGAUAUUACUAGUUUAUCUAGCUUGUCCUGCGUUGCAUAUAAUCGAUGC